UCUGGCGAGGAAGUAGGCCGGUUUCAGACGCCUUAGCCGGAAGGCGGGCCUGCGCGCGCCCUCGGAAAGCGUCACUUCCACUUCCGGCCGGCUCUCGGGCUCUGAGCCUGGACAGGGCAGCGGUAGGGCAGCACCGCUGUGGAACGGCGGUUGCGCGCCUCAGAUCGGCAACCUUCCGCGCGGCGGCUUGAGUUUGAGCGUCAGAAAGCGAGGAGCGGCCUUCACGGAAGCCAGGCUGGCCGAGUGCUUUUAGGAAGAAGAUCCCUUUAUUGCUUUUGUACAAGACCAGACGGGAUCUCAUUUGUCAAACGUGGUACCAAUUGGGUGUCUUAACAUAGGAACAGAACUUCCUAGAGCAGAAUGAUGAUGGUAGAUCUGAAAGUGGCUGCAUACUUGGACCCUCAGAUCAGGGCUUUGUGGGAGACCAAGGGACCUGCAAGAGAGAGCUCCGGUCAGAGUAAAAAAUCUCCUCAAAUGGACAGUCUCGAUCCUAAGAGCUCUUGCUGGCACUUCCGGAACUUCACCUAUGAUGAAGCAGCUGGACCUCGUGAGGCUGUCAGCAAACUUCAAGAAUUAUGUCAUCUAUGGCUGAGGCCAGAGAUCCACUCAAAAGAGCAGAUACUGGAACUGCUUGUGCUAGAACAGUUCCUGACUAUUCUGCCCAGGGAGACACAGACCCAGAUGCAGAAGCACCAUCCACAGAGCAUUGAGGAGGCUGUGGCUCUGGUAGAACACUUGCAGAGGGAAUGUGGUCAAACAUGGAAUGGGGUUGCAGUCCAUGAGCUGGGAAAGGAGGCAGUGCUCUUGGGAGAAACAGCAGAGGCCUCAAGUUUCAGGCUGAAGUCAGCAGAUUCCCAACCAGUGGACGUAUCCCAAGAUGACGAAUUUUGGAAUACAUACCAGGGUCUGCAAGAACAGUUCAGCAGGAAUACUCAUAAAGAGACUGAGCCCGUGUAUGAGAGGGCUGUGCCUACUCAACAGAUUAUAGCCUUCCCUGAGCAAACAAACACCAAAGACUGGACAGUGACACCUGAGCACGUCUUGCCUGAGUCCCAGAGCUUGUUGACAUUUGAAGAAGUGGCCAUGUAUUUUUCCCAGGAAGAAUGGGAGUUAUUGGAUCCCACUCAGAAGGCCCUCUACAAUGAUGUAAUGCAGGAAAACUAUGAGACUGUCAUCUCUCUAGCAUUGUUUGUGCUCCCCAAACCUAAAGUGAUCUCCUGUCUAGAGCAAGGGGAAGAGCCAUGGGUUCAAGUGUCCCGGGAGUUUAAGGAUAGUGCCGGAAAAUCUCCUACAGGGUUAAAGCUCAAAAAUGACACUGAAAAUCAUCAGCCUGUAUCUCUUUCUGACUUGGAAAUACAAGCAUCAACAGACAUCAUAUCAAAAAAGGCCAAAGUAAAAGUUCCCCAGAAAACAGCAGGCAAAGAAAAUCAUUUUGAUAUUCACAGAGUGGGGAAAUGGCACCAAGAUUUUCCAGUGAAGAAAAGAAAGAAACUUUCAACCUGGAAACAAGAGCUGCUCAAACUUAUGGAUCGUCACAAGAAGGAUUGUGCAAGAGAGAAGCCUUUUAAAUGUCAGGAAUGUGGGAAAACCUUCAGAGUUAGCUCUGACCUGAUUAAGCACCAAAGAAUUCACACUGAAGAGAAACCCUAUAAAUGUCAACAGUGUGAUAAGAGGUUUAGGUGGAGUUCAGAUCUUAAUAAGCACUUAACAACACACCAAGGAAUAAAACCAUAUAAAUGUUCAUGGUGUGGGAAAAGCUUCAGUCAAAAUACAAAUCUACAUACACACCAAAGAACUCAUACAGGAGAAAAGCCCUUCACAUGUCAUGAAUGUGGAAAAAAAUUCAGUCAGAACUCCCACCUUAUUAAACACCGGAGAACCCACACAGGUGAGCAGCCAUAUACUUGCAGCAUAUGCAGGAGAAAUUUCAGCAGGCGGUCAAGCCUUCUUAGACACCAGAAACUCCACCUGUGAAGAGAAGCUUGUCCAGUGUCCUCAUUCUGAAGACAUUCACCAAAUGGAGCUUGACACUAAAAUUUGUGUAAAACAAAAAUCACAAACCUUGAAAAAUUUUACAUCAGAAAAUGGCGGGGAUAAACAUAUGUUUCACAGAAAAUAAUCAAGACUUGGUCUGCAGCCACUCAGUAGUUUUCUGUGGUCACAGAAGUAAACAUUGUUCGUUUUGCAUUGAUCUCUCCAGUCAUUCUUGAACACUUCCAAUAGAUACAUUUGCAGCGUGGUCUUCCAAAAUGAAAAGCAAUAACAUGCAUGUUUAAUUGCAUACCAUUCUCUUCACAGUAGCAGGCUUACUACUUUCAAUAGUCUCAUGAGGCAGAAAUGAAUUACAAUGUAAAGUGUUCCAAGAAUGAAAUUGGAUUUUCUUUCUUUUAUCAUUGGACACGGUUUGCAAAGUUGAACAUCAUUUGAGUUCUUUCUUGAACUUUUUGGCAACUUCUGCUCUUGGAUCCUGUUAUCACAGUUUUCUACUGUGAUGAAAUCAUGUUAACUUCACCACUAGGGAAUCUUCAGAUGAACUAUUAAUGCACUAACUUGUGCCUCUCUCAUUGGUGAUGUUUGGAAAACAGAAAACAUCUCUAAUGGAAUCAUGGGUAAACGGGUUGGAAUUUGUAGCCAUGGAAUAUAAGAUAUAAAGAAUUUUCUGCAAUAAAAGAAACUAGACUU